ACGAUUUAAUGUAAUUUUAGUGAAAAACUGACACCUUAUAAAGUGUUCUCAAUAGUUCUGUGAAACUCGGAUGUUAUGUAAUUUUCCACUAACUAUUAACAACAGGGUAAUAACAAUCAUUUAUAGCCAUGUCGUUAAAAAUGAAUUUUACAGCAGCACCAGAUGAAAGGAUUUAUCUGAACAAUGGAGCCGAGUUUGUAGCUCUCAGGAGUGUAUUACCACCUAUUAUGUUUGACCAGGAAGACAGCAGGUAGGAUGACAACAGCCCUCCGUGGGAAUAAGAGACACUCGGCGUAAGACUGAAGUUAUGACUUUAAUAUGGCUGAUAAGGGUCCCUUUUUAACUUCAUGUAUUAUUUUCUACCUAUCGAUCGGAGCCGCAAUAUUUCAAAUUCUGGAGGAGCCGAACUGGAAAUCAGCCAGGGACAAUUAUACGCUUCAGAAGGAGAACAUUUUGAAGAACUAUCCCUGUUUAACAAGAGAAGAUCUGGAUAAGAUUUUAGAGAUAGUGUCAGAGGCUGCGGGUCAAGGUGUGACCAUCACCGGGGACGUACACCGCAACACGUGGACCUGGGAAAACUCGGUCAUCUUCGCCUCCACAAUUGUCACCACUAUUGGAUUUGGCAAUGUUGCCCCCAAGACUAAAAGUGGCCGAGUGUUUUGCAUCCUGUACGGUCUGUGUGGGAUCCCCCUGUGUCUGGUAUGGAUAAGCGAGUUGGGUUCAUUCUUUGGAGACCGGGCCAAACGUCUGUCCCAGGUUCUGAUUCGUAAAGGUGUUUCAGUGAAAAAGGUUCAGUUAACCUGCACAGCCUUAUUCCUGUUAUGGGGGUUGAUUGUGCACCUGGUGAUCCCUCCACUUGUUUUCAUGUCUGUGGAGGGAUGGAGCUACCUGGAUGGCCUCUACUUCUCUUUCAUCACACUCACAACAGUUGGAUUUGGAGAUUACGUGGCAGGUGUGAAUCCAAACAUUGAAUACCCCAGACUGUACAGACUGUUUGCAGAGUUAUGGAUCUACAUGGGCCUGGCUUGGCUGUCCCUAUUCUUCAGCUGGAAUGUAAACAUGGUAGUGGAAGCUCACAAGGUGCUAAAGAAAAGACGACAAAGGCACAGGCACUUCUAUGAUGAGGAACCAAAGGACAAGAACAACCCAGACGUAAAGCCAACCGUGAUUGACAUCUUCGACUUCCCAAAGGAGGACGACUACAGCACUGUCAUCAAGAAGAUCGGAACCACAGCAAAUAAAAUAAAGCCCGCAGACAACAUAAAUCGCUCCAAGAGUUGCAGCGACAUCAUGGCCACCAACAUACAGACCCUGGAUCACUCGCCUCGGCACAAACGUUUGCUCAGUAUCAGUGAAGUGUUCGUGAAUGCAAAGGUAGCCGUGGACAAUGUUGAAGAAAACAAGGGUUAUUCUCUAGUACAAAAACACAACACAGACCCAAAACCUGCAGAACACGCAAGGACAGACAAUGUGGAGAACGAGGACAACCGUGCAUCUGAUUCAGAAAAUGAUGGGAUCCUCUUCACUGUACCUACCAAAGGUCCUACAGAAGAGCAAAGUGUAGCGCAUCCUGAUGGUGGGGAUACUAGGUUUACAAUAUCCAAGGUAGAAGAAGAAGAUUUGCUAAUAAAUGAAAAAUCAAAAAUAAUGGAUAAUGAUGAAAAAAGGUAAAACAGCUUUUGUUUUCCUUUAUCAAAACUGCUGAAGCAGUCAGGCUGUGUUGUGAUAAGGGCUUGUAUGAGACUUGUAUGUGUGCAACAGGCAACAUACUACUCUUUGUUUGCAAAUGGUAAAUCAAAGUUUUAUUUUUUUUCUUUCCAUAUCCAUCCAAAUCUUUUGCUACAACAUUUCUAGUUUUUAACCGCAGAUAGAUAAUAUGCAGAUUAUUUCAAAUUACAGUACAGGGCUUUGUGAAAAACGCUUCCUAUGAGCAACUUUCCCUCAUAGGGAGCUGCUACAGCGGAGGCCAUGAUCACAUGGCCAUCAUCAACAUACUCCUGGCUCACCACCGGAUGCUCUGAGUGAAUGUUCUUGAUCUGGAUGAUCUGUGGGAAACAUCGAUAUCAUGCAAACUCAAAUGACAUUGUUAAAAUCCUACUGUAAAAUUUCAUACAACAAAAACACUGACCUCUGAACCUGGUGGAUCUUCAAGGUUGUAGUUUGACAACUUCAUGGCAUUUGGAUGACAACCCAGCCAUACAUCACCUGUCCUGUGGUCCACCUCGAUGUUAUCACAGAGCGACCCAACAGUUACAGACUGGUUGGAAAUAUGACAUACAGUAAAUGAACAGUGUAAAUAUUGUUUUUAGCAUUAAGCUGCAAAUAUGCAUCAAUAGUGAUGUUAAAAGAACAGUUCAAGAGUUAGGGUAGUGUUUAAGUAUAUGCUUAUUUAAUUUCUUGCCAAAUGUCAUAUGACAAUAUUGAUACCACUCUUAAAUCUGUAGAUUAUACUGUAUAUGAAGUCGCAAUGAGCAGCUGGUCAACUUAGCUUAACAUAAAAAAUGGAAAUGGAAGGAAACAACUUGCCUGGUUGUCCAAAUGAAAAUAAGCAGAAAUCAGUAAAAAAAAAAAUGUGUUAAAGUAUUAAAAACAAUGUCAAAUCAUUACUUUAUUUUUGUUUUAAACUUUGUUUUAUUUUUAUUUUUUAGUUUUUGCUGAAGGUAGAAAAUAAGAAGACACUGACUUACCUUAAGAUACACUAACUGUUCCCCUUCUUUUCUCUCAAAAACAUCAAUCUCAUGGUCUAUGAUAUCUGAAACAUAAAUAUACCUGUAAAAAAAGAGUAUUCCCAUUUUAGAAUUACAUAAGGAAUAUUACAGUACUCAGCAAAAAACCACAUAUGCAUUGACAUGACUUGGGAAGUACCGUUUGUCAGGCGAUAUGUUGAUGCCAUUUGCGCUCAUAAAGUCUCCCGCUGCCACCCUCACUUCCUCUGGACUGUAGUACACCACUUCACACCAGGGGAGACCCAGGAUGACUGUCAGAAAGUUAAGCGCCUCAUUGGGAAAGGAGUGAUCAUUUGUGGCGUAGAAGCUCUCCACUCCGACUGCAACAAUGUCAUUUACGCUGAAAGACACGAUGAAUAAGUUAAAAUGUCUACAGAGAUUGCCAAAUGUAAAAUGUGUGAGAUUAUUAACUGUUCCUACGUACCUGUGGAGGAGGGGGUGGGUAAUAGUUUUUAAGUGCACCAGCGUGUCCUCCUGGACAAAAUGAAAAAUCUCUACUUGGCUUUUGUGCUGAGGGUGAUUGACAACAAAGAGGUACACUGAGUCAUCUGCAAACAAAGAGUAGUGUGGUGUUGUCAUUAUUCUCCUCAUCAUUAGAAUAUACUGUAUAUAUCUUCUGUUGUACUCAUGUCACUUUUACUGUGACACCACUGCAGUUUUGCCUUGUUCUUUGUAAAGAUUUCAGUCAUGCCUAAUUUGGUGACACACAUUCUAGUUUAGCAUUAGCAGCAAUUUAAGAAAGCUCAGAUGUGGCUUUGGGAGUGUGAACAGUAAACAGUGAGUCUAAUGGCAGUAUGAUCAAACAGUUACACUGGACUACAUACUGUAUUCCUCUGAAUCCCAUGUAUAUGAGAAGAAUUACCCCUCACUGGGUAGACUCCGCCACUAUCAGUAAAAACUACUGUAUUGGUAGGUAAUUACCAAAUGUAAAUCAUCAGACAGUUUCAAAAAUGAAAAUUUCAGAAAUGCAUUUCAUAAAUAACAGCAAAAUCUUAAGGAGUCUAACUUUAACAUUUGCUUCAUAUUUUGAUUGUUAAUUUUUAUUACUUGUAUUUGCUUUUGCCUUAUUUUUAAGUUGUUAUAUGUUUUUUUCCAUGCACUUCUAUGUAAACACAUCUGUAAAUUCAUAAAAGUUUUUCAAGUGGU